AUGACCAGGAAAUUCCACAGAAGCCGCCCGGAACUCGGACGCGGCGUCAGCGGCAGCCAGCCUCCACGCCCACUAUCGAUCGUUGGCCGUUGGCUAAACUGCGUGCACCGCUGGAACCUCGUCGCAGCCGGCGGCUCGGCCUCUUCGAGCAGUACAGGUGGAGAAGGCGUGAGGCGCGAAAGACAUUGA